AUGGGCCAAUUGUCGAAGGUGGGCCGCGACUGGGUCGGCGCCGCCCAGUCCGCCUUUACGGUGGCAGCCCAUAUGCCCUCGGCCCUGACGGCCGAGCAAAUCCAGGAACUAUUCGAACGCGUCGAGAAUGGGGUCGACGUCUCCGGGGAUUAUGCGGCCACCGCCGAAAUUGGCAGUCUGCGGAAUCAGAAUGGCGAAAGCCUCCUCCAAGUCGCCGCCAAGGCCAACAACCAGCCAGUGCUUCGGUUUAUCCUGCCAGAGAGCGAUCUCGACGAUACGGACAACGAUGGCUGGAGUGCGCUGUUGAUCUCGGCAUUUCACGGACACCCCGAGAUCGUCUCUUUGUUGGUCGAUUCGGGAUGCGCCGUGGAUCAGCCGGAUUUGAUGGGCUGGACACCGCUGAUGUGGGCCGUCUACAAGAAUCAACCGCAAAUUCUGGAAUUUCUGCUAUCACAUCGGGCCCACGUGAAUUUAAUCGACGAAGAAGACGGGUUAACACCGUUGAUAGUAGCGGCCGGAAGAGGAUUUACGGAUUGCGUGAGAAUCCUGAUCGGCCAUGAUGCGCAGGUGAACGCCUGCGACAAGUUCGGCUCGACGGCGUUGAUCUGGGCGGCGCGGAAGGGCCACCUGCCCGUUGUACAAAUUUUACUAAACGCCGGUGCCGAGGUGGACGCCGUUGGAAUGUACUCCUCCACGGCGUUGAUGCUGGCUACGCGGGGCAACUAUUUGCACGUGGUCGACCUGUUGUUGUCGAGGGAUCCGAAUGUUAAUGUUGUUGAUCAGAAUGGCCUUUCCGCCCUGUCGAUCGCCGCCAAGGAGGGAUAUGCUGAUAUCUGCGAUUCGUUGAUAAAAUGCGGGGCUUUUGUGAACCAGGUGGAAAGAUACGGAAACUGGAUCCUGUCGAGUGCUGUCCGCUCCGGAAACGCAAACAUCGUCCGGAUGCUCCUUGAAAAAUAUGCGGAUAUUAACUGCCAAGACUCGGAUGGCCGCUCCCCGCUUCAUCUCGCCAUCGACAAGUCGUUCAUGGACAUUGUACUGAUUUUGCUGGAAAAACGGCCGAAUUUGGAGCUGAAAAAUCGGGAAGGCGACACACCAUUGAUGCGAGCGGUGAAGAGCCGACACGUAGCGCUGUGUGACCUUCUCGUCAAGGCCGGCGCGAAGAUCAGCGCCGCCGACAGGGAGGGGGACAACGCGUUACAUUUGGCGUUGCGAGCCCGUAGCAAACGCCUCGCUACCGUCCUCCUCACCAACCCGCAGGACUCCCGGUUACUGUACCGGCCGAAUAAAUUGGGCCAAACCCCCUACUCGAUCGACCAGCAAAAUCCGCAACCGAUUCUACCCCUGAUUUUCGGGCCCGUCGACGCGGAGCAACAUUUAGACGCCAUGCUAGGAUACGAUAUUUAUAGCAACGUAAUAGCCGAUAUUUUGUGCGAGCCAAAUCUUCAACUGCCGCUUACGCUGGGUCUCUACGCAAAGUGGGGAACCGGCAAGUCCGUACUGCUCCAAAAGGUCAAGGAGUCGAUGAACGCGUUUUCGAGGAGUUGGCUAGAUGGCAUGCAACUACGAUGGUCCAUGCCCGUGCUCUUCUACCUCCUCCUCGCCGUCACCGUCGUCACCCUCUCCGUGGCAACCGUAAUCUCCAUCUUUGGCAGUGUUCAUCUCCUGAUUACCGUCGGCGUCGUCGGGCUGGUCAUCUACCUGGUGUUGGGCGGGUUCUACUGCGUCACCUACUACGGUAGCGAGCACAAGAUGUGGGUGCGGAGUAUGAUACUUGGCGAGCAUGUGGCUAGGAUUUUCGCUCAUGUUAGGUUACUUUUCAAUGUUAUAAUGCUGUACGCACCGCAACACUCUGAAAAAGAUAUGGUAUCGAAUCCGGUGUGCUUCUUAUUUGCGGAUUAUCAUCGACUGUCGUCUUUUGGAGGGGAACAGGCGCUGGCAAAAAUUGUGGUGACCCUCUUCGAGGCGGCCGAGAAUCACUUUGGCGUGCUGCCAGUGAGAAUCUACUGCGCGCUGAGGGGGAACACCUAUUACAAUACCCUCCAGGGCUCCCUCCGACGUCAUUGUGGAGUACCAGUCGUACUCCUUGCUGCCGCCAUCAUCCUCUCCCUCAUACUGUUCGAGAGUUUCAUGAUCGCGUGGCUCUUCUCGGGCAGGACGUUCAACACCGGAUCGAGCAGCUACCUCUUCGUGUCAUUGGUGUUCCUCGUCUUCCUGAUUCUGAUGCUGGCCUACCCGCUCUUUGUGGCCGUACGCCAUGGUACUCAGAACGUGCCGAAGGGGAGGAUCAACUCGGCCGCUCGGGCCAUGCACAAGCUGAGAUUUGAGGGCCUUAUGCACAAGCUCCAGACUGAGGUCGACCUCCUUGCUGACAUGAUCCGCUCCCUUGACGCGUUCACCAACAGCCAGACGCGACUUGUCGUCGUAGUAGACGGACUCGACAACUGCGAGCAGGAGAAGAUGGUGACCACGCUGGACUCGUUGGAGUUGUUGUUCUCGGCGAGAAAGAAUCGGCCCUUUGUCGUGGUCAUCGCCGUCGAUCCGCACAUCAUCAUCUCGGCGAUGAAUCACAAUAUUCAUAGUGCCCUCUCCGGAACCGACCUGACCGGUGCCGACUACCUGAAGAACAUCGUCAACAUGCCCUUCUUCCUGCACAACUCGGCCCUGCGCCAGUUGCAGAACAGGCUGCGCGAGAAGCGGGAGACGUACCUCGACUGGAAGGAGCGCUUCCGGCGCCAGGACACCUUCCAUGGGUCCCACCUAUCGUUGAGCGGGGCUGGCCUCGGGAAUUCGACAGCCAGGAAGCAGACCCAGUCGGCGCUCAUCGUCGAAAAGCGAGAAGGCGUCGAACAGCCCCAACUUGAGGAGCGGCCGCUUGGGUUGAGCGGCACGGCCAAGCAUCUCUUUACGGACGAUAAGACCUGGCAAAUGGUAGAAGUCCCCCUGGCCGAGAUGCGCAUCGACCAACUCGUCCAGCUAAUCAAACGGCUCGACAUCCCGCAGAAACGGCUUGACACCCUGAUCGAGAAAUUCCGGGCGUUGAACCUGAACGGCUUGGUGUUGUCGACGUGUCAGCUGCCCGAGCUGCAGGCGGCAUUGGAUGCCCCAAGCAUCGUCGCCUCGACCCCGCUGCCAAACAUGAGCCGGAAACGGGCGACCGUCUCCGAGCUGGCCACCCAGAUGACGGUAGAUGGGCAGCACGACGCUUUAAUGGCCAGUCUGGCGGAUAUGGACGCGCAGGAGACGGAGGGCGACCUGCCGAAUGGGAGUGUAUCGGGAGGAGCAUCAGGUCAAUAUGACGAUGAUGGAGCCGCAACCUCACUCGAUUCGACAGAAAGCCGAUUCGGAAGCCGGGAGAAUCUGCUGGAUCUUGACGAUGAGCACGAGCCAAUGUUGAGCAGGCAACCGAGCGCUAGAGGCGAAAUGAUGCGCAGCCUGCGGAACAACAGCGUCCACACGGAUGGGGGCGGAAUUUCGCCCCGCGAAGCGGGGAGUCGCACUUCUUCAUUUAUGGGCAGCCAAGGCUCGGUGGAGAACGAGAACCAACUGACGGUGCUCCGACGUCAAGAACAGCAGGAAGGGAGCCGUUGCAAGGACUAUUUAGACCCGACGACCCGCCCGUGUAGCGCACUCAUC